AUGGAAGGUCACUAUGAUGAUGAUGACCGAAUCGAGCCACCAGACCACGUGAUAAUCUCACAUUAUCUAACUACGACGAUCAACAACGGCGAUUUCUUGCCUAACCAUUACCUCCGAGACCUAGACGCACGCGUGUACAACCUGAAUCCAUGGCGCCUCUUCACGGAUCGUAACCGUGACUACUACCUCUUCGUUAAACGCAGAACAGAGUCUUCCGGUAAAACCGACGGAUCCGAAUCCGGUUGCUGGAGAAUCAUAGGUCGUGAUAAACUGAUCAAGUCUGAGGAUACCGGGAAGUUUCUAGGGUUCAAGAAGAUCCUCAAGUUCUGUGAUAAAGAGAAGAUGAAGAAGAAACGAUCAUCAGAAGAAGACGAGGAACAAGAACAGAGAAUCUGGGUGAUGCAAGAGUAUGGGCUUGUCAACAAAUGGAAGCAAGAUCAAGUGAUUUGCAAGAUUCUUCUUCUGAACCAAUCCGAGGUUACUUCCUUGCUCGCCAAGCAUCUCUCCUUCUUGCCGAAACCGCCGUUUCGUCGGAGACGUUUGUGCCCUAGGUUGGAUUUCAAUAGACCUAACGAGCCAAAGGAUGAAUCAAUCACAUUCUAUCUGAAGUUUUUGUUCGACGAUGACCGGAGAGAUUGGGGUAGACGUUUCUGGCCAAGCGAGCGAGUGUACACUGUGGUCCCAUGGUGGAUUGUGUGGCCUCUUCGGAUGUCGAUCCUCCAACACGAGGGACACUACUUCUUCGUCAACAAGACAGAGACUUGCGGUAGAAGCGAUCGAUGCGAGGGAGGUUGCUGGAGGAUAAUUAGGCGUGAUAAAGUGGUCAUCUCGAAGAGGACCAGCAAGGUUCUUGGUUUCAAGAGGUUUUACAAGUUCUGUCACAAACCGGGAUAUGUAAAACCGGUUUUCUGGUUUGGAGAAUUUGAGGUUGAUGCGACUUGGGUAAUGGAAGAGUAUAGGGUUUACAAGAAGAGGUUGCAAGGUAGAGUGAUUUGCAGGAUUAGGGUUCUCUUCCCUGUUCAGCUAGAUGAGCUGAUUCGAUAUGGAGAUUGA